AUGCACUCGGCAUUAGUGCGCAUACAGAAUGUGUUCGGGUUCUUCACUACAGUAGCAUUUUCCGUCGCGGCGGUGAUCGCCCUCUCAACCUUCAUACAUCCCCAGAAUCCUUCCAGCUCCAUCGCAUUGAACAACGUGCAGGUGGUGAACGGCCGGCCGCACUACUACAGCUAUAAGAAAGAAGAAUACGCUCACAUCAAGUUCGACUUGGAUGCUGAUCUCAGCUCUCUGUUCAACUGGAAUACGAAACAAGUCUUCCUCUACUUGAAAGCCGUCUACCCCUCGACCAAGCGCGGCGAACCCCAAUCUGAAGCUGUCAUCUGGGACGCCAUCCUCCCAGGCGCUGCUGCACCUUGGAACCAAAACCACUACAUCCACCCGACGCCUAAGACCCAGUCCAAGUUAAAGUCUUCCAAGAAAUCAAAGGACAAGGCUGCGUCGCCAUAUCCCCGCGGCAUCAUCAAGAUCUCCAACCAGCGCCCCAAAUACCAGAUCACGGACAUCACCGGGAAGCUACAGAACAGGACGGAUGUUCGAUUGGAGCUAGGGUGGAAUGUUCAGCCCUGGGUGGGUGCGUUAUUGUGGACAAACUCGCAUGAUUUUGGUACAUGGAAGGCGUUGGAGGGAGGCCAGAGCGAACCGUUCGACUUCCCCGUCAAGGGCAAGAAGACAGAUCUGCGCACGGCAAAGGGCAAGGAGGGUCACAGAUUGAUGGCGGGUGAAGAGCAGCCGGUACGGAAGAGCGGAUGA